CCUGCCUCUCCAGCGUUCUUGCCUCUUGUUCCAGUGCGCAGCAGUACUUCGCCCCAGUCUUUUGCUUUGUAGCCUACCACCGCUUCGCCGCCUCCUCUUUUUCUCCUCUCCCCGCCUAUGCCUGUCCCGGCAAGCAUCCAGCGAAUGUUCGGUCCACCCCCAGACCCCCUGCAGGGAACAGUGAGAGAGCGGUUCCGUUCUGAGCACACAGCAUACUAUUGAAAGCUGCCAAGGGAAGACGUGGAUAAUAAGUGUCGUUGUUGACGUAACCCAGGAUUUUUUUUCGGAGGUAUGCCUGUGCCAGACCAGCCAUCAGAGCAGGAGAAGGGAGCCAGUCUGCUGAGUCCAGGUCUACCGUCAUCUAACGGAGAUGGAUCAGACGGGACGGAGACCACCUCCGCUAUCCUGGCCUCCGUUAAAGAACAGGAGCUGCAGUUUGAGAGACUGACCCGUGAGCUGGAGGCAGAAAGACAGAUUGUAGCCACCCAGUUGGAGAGAUGCAAGCUGGGCUCUGAGACUGGUGGAAGUAUGAGCAGCAUCAGUUCGGCAGAUGAGCAGUUUCGCUGGAACAUCCAAGCUGAUGGCCAGAAGGACAUAGAGGAUGAGCUGACCACAGGACUGGAGCUGGUCGACUCCUGCAUCAGAUCCCUGCAGGAGUCUGGAAUACUGGACCCUCAUCAAUACAACACAGGAGAACCUCUUCUUUCCCAGAGUUCUUUGCAGCUCAACUCCACCCCAGAGGCUUCGCUCCAGUACUCCGCCAGCUACCAUAGCAACCAGACCCUCGCCCUUAGUGACAGUGCUGCAGCGGCAACCCCACAGCGCAGUGGACAGGUCGGAGGGGCCGUGCACAGCUACAACCAGGUGACAUCUAGUCGUGCGGCCCAGCAGCAGGCAGGGGGAGGGGGAGGUAGUGGAGGAGACUCCUUCUCUCAAAGCCAUGGCAGUGCCUUUCAUCUGCCUGAUGCACAGCUUCCCACAAUCGGUCACUACUACUCCAGUUCCACCCUGCCUGCCCAGCGUGUGAGUUCCCCUCUGACCGGAGGUGGAGGUGGAGGGUCUGGUUCUCCCAGCAAGCUGCAGCGCCUGGGCUCAGCCUCAGACACACCGGGCUACGCUACCACCCAGCGCCUACCUUCCUCCUCCUCAUCCUCACCCAACAAACAGUCCCCAGCCAACCGACUCGCCAAGUCCUACAGCACCACUGGUGCCGUGACAACAACAGGGUCUCCGCUGAGGGUGGGCUCUCCACCCAACUCCAUAGCAACAGUUGCCGGGGGAGGGGCUAGCGCUUCAUCAUCCCCACUACACCUGAUGAGUUCGGGCAUAGGGAGCUACGCUACUCUGUCUCCUAAAAGACUGGCUGCUCAUCACGCCUCCGACCAGUACAAGAUAUCCCAUGAGCUCUAUGCUACCGCUACGCUACAGAGGCCCGGCAGUCUGGCAGGUUCCAGGGGUUCCUACAGUAAUCAGCACAGUCACUGUGGUCCAGACCUGCGUCCCCUGGGAUCCCCAGACCACCACAAAGAGCCCAUCUAUGAGGACAGAGUCAACCACUACCACAAAGGACCUAUGAGGGGACUGGGAAACAACACUGCCCCAUCCUCCCCCGGUGUCGACUCCGCCUCUUUACAGCGAGCAGGCAGCCACAGCGCCGGAGGAAGCAGCCACAGCGCCGGAGGAAGCAGCCACAGCGCCGGAGGAAGUUAUGGUCGUGGGGGGGCCAAUAACUACACUACAGUGGGCCCAGGCUAUACAGCAGAGGCCUAUGCUACGGACCCCUACACUGCAGAUCCCUACCGUACACUACAGUACUGCCCAUCUGUAGAGUCUCCUUACAGCAAAUCUGGACCAGCCAUGCCACCUGAGGGCACACUGGCUAGAUCACCAUCUAUAGACUCCAUACAGAAAGACCCGAGGGAGUUUGGAUGGAGGGAUCCAGAGUUACCUGAAGUGAUUCAGAUGCUGCAGCACCAGUUCCCUUCAGUCCAGUCCAAUGCUGCAGCCUACCUCCAACACCUCUGCUUCGGAGACAACAAUAUCAAAUCAGAGAUUCGUCGUCAGGGUGGGAUCCAGCUGCUGGUAGACCUGUUGGACCACCGUAUGAGUGAGGUCCACCGCAGUGCCUGUGGAGCCUUGAGGAACCUGGUCUACGGCAAGGCCAACGACGACAACAAGAUCACCCUGAAGAACUUUGGGGGCAUACCUGCCCUCGUACGCCUGCUACGCAAGACGGGAGACGUGGAGAUACGAGAACUGGUCACAGGUGUGUUGUGGAACCUGUCAUCGUGUGACGCCCUGAAGAUGCCAAUCAUCCAGGAUGCGUUGGCCGUUCUGACCAAUAGCGUCAUCAUCCCCCACUCUUCCUCCUGGGACUCCUCCCACAAUCUCCAUGACGACCGCAAGCAACACACACACACCUCCCAGGUGCUCCGCAAUGCCACCGGCUGCCUCAGAAAUGUGAGUUCUGCUGGAGAGGAGGCCAGGAGGAGGAUGAGAGAGUGUGACGGACUGACAGACUCCCUCCUCUACAUCAUACAGACCGCUCUGGGCAGCAACGACAUCGACAGCAAGACCAUAGAAAACUGUGUGUGUAUACUGCGUAACCUGUCCUACCGACUGGCAGCGGAGACGUCUCAGGGCCAGCAGCUGGGUUCAGAAGAGCUGGACGGUCUGCUGUGUGACGCCAAUGGACGUGACGGAGAGACCUCAGGCUGCUGGGGCAAGAAGAAGAAGAAGAAGAAGGGACAGGACCAGUGGGAUGGUGUAGGCCCUCUCCAAGACUCAGCUGACCCUCCUAAAGGGGUCCAGAUGUUAUGGCACCCGUCCAUAGUGAAGCCCUACCUCACCCUGCUUUCAGAGUGCUCCAACCCUGAUACACUGGAGGGAGCGGCUGGAGCCCUGCAGAACCUGGCUGCAGGCAGCUGGAAGUGGUCUGUGUAUAUCCGGGCUGCGGUGCGUAAAGAGAAAGGCCUUCCUAUCCUGGUGGAGUUGUUGAGGAUAGACAAUGACCGUGUGGUGUGUGCCGUGGCCACUGCACUCAGGAAUAUGGCCCUGGACAUCAGAAACAAAGAACUGAUAGGUAAAUACGCCAUGCGUGACCUGGUCCACCGGUUACCUGGCAGUAGCAGCAACAGUACCGGGGGCAGUGGUGGGACUAGUGGAGGUACCGGGGGCCCGAUGGCACCCGGUAAGACCAUGUCAGACGAUACGAUAACGGCUAUCUGCUGCGCUCUGCAUGAGGUCAUCACUAAGAACAUGGAGAACGCCAAAGCACUGAGAGACGCCGGUGGGAUAGAGAAGCUCAUCGGCAUCGCUCGCAGCAAAGGAGACAAAUUUCAAAGUCGUUGUCGGCAACAUUCCGUCCCUACUCUGGAUCGAGCGGGGCUUCUCCAUCUCCUGCACCAUCCUGUGAAGUGUGGGAGUGGACGGAUAUCGUCGCCCUUCUCGCCAGCCGUGAUUUUGGGAAGCUCCAUGGUUGUCAUGCCUGCUCCCGCUCUUCCUCCCCCUUCCCCAGCCGGCUUGCCCAGUGCCUAUGUCUCGGGCUGGUUCGCCCAGGUGGGACGCUGGGUGGCGCCCCUAGAGGGGGGGUGGGGGGGUAUUGUCACGCCCGCUCCCGCUCUUCCUCCCCCAGCCGGUUUGCCCAGUGCCUAUGUCUCGGGCUGGUUCGCCCAGGUGGAGCUAAUCUCCCAGGUAGUGGAGGAGAAACCUGGUAGGAGUGAUGGGGUACGGGAGGGGGUUCAGGUGGAGCUAAUCUCCCAGGUAGUGGAGGAGAUACCCGGUACGAGUGAUGGGGUACGGGAGGGGGUUCAGGUGGAGCUAAUCUCCCAGGUAGUGGAGGAGAUACCCGGUACGAGUGAUGGGGUACGGGAGGGGGUUCAGGUGGAGCUAAUCUCCCAGGUAGUGGAGGAGAAUCCUGGUAGGAGUGAUGGGGUACGGGAGGGGGUUCAGGUGGAGCUAAUCUCCCAAGUAGUGGAGGAGAUACCCGGUACGAGUGAUGGGGUACGGGAGGGGGUUCAGGUGGAGCUAAUCUCCCAGGUAGUGGAGGAGAUACCCGGUACGAUUGAUGGGGUACGGGAGGGGGUUCAGGUGGAGCUAAUCUCCCAGGUAGUGGAGGAGAUACCCGGUACGAGUGAUGGGGUACGGGAGGGGGUUCAGGUGGAGCUAAUCUCCCAGGUAGUGGAGGAGAUACCCGGUACGAGUGAUGGGGUACGGGAGGGGGUUCAGGUGGAGCUAAUCUCCCAGGUAGUGGAGGAGAUACCCGGUACGAGUGAUGGGGUACGAGAGGGGGUUCAGGUGGAGCUAAUCUCCCAGGUAGUGGUGGAGAUGCCCGGUACGAGAGAUGGGGUGCAGGAGGGUGUUCAGGUGGAGCUAAUCUCCCAGGUAGUGGAGGAGAUACCCGGUACGAGUGAUGGGGUAUGGGAGGGGGUUCAGGUGGAGCUAAUCUCCCAGGUAGUGGUGGAGAUGCCCGGUACGAGAGAUGGGGUGCAGGAGGGUGUUCAGGUGGAGCUAAUCUCCCAGGUAGUGGAGGAGAAACCUGGUAGGAGUGAUGGGGUGCAGGAUGGAUACUCUCAGUAUCACUUUGUUGGUUCUGCCUCUACGAUAGAGAGAGACAGACAGAGACCCUACUCCUCCUCUCGCACCCCCUCUGUGUCCCCUGUACGAACCUCACCCAACAACCGCUCAGUAAGCGCCCCGGCCUCUCCCAGAGAGAUGAUGAGUAUGAAGGAUCGCAAGCCCGAAAACGACUCCACGGCAACCAACGCAGGUUUCCACAGCAACAAAGGAGAGCACACAUCCCGGAAAGACGCCAUGGCAGUCCAAAUCUCCUGUGGAACAUCCACGUUGUUCCGGAACUCUUAUGUAACUGCUAAUGACGACAUUAAACACAACCAGAUCCCUCCUCAGCCCAUGACCAUAGCACCGCAGGCAGACUGCUCCUCUACACCUAUAAAAGAAUACGACACGUUCCCUCCAUCCCUCCCUCCAUCCUUCCCUCCGCCGCAGAACCCUGGCCGCAUGCUGGAUGACUCCUUCUUCGUGCCUCCAGACCAGCCCCUCCCCCAGCCCCCGUCUCAGGCUGCCACUGACCUCCGGAUGCACCUGGGCCUCAAAUCCACCGGCAACUACGUGGACUUCUACUCUGCAUCCCGGCCCUACUCCGAACUCAACUACGAGACCAGCCACUACCCGGCCUCGCCUGACUCCUGGGUCUAGAGACAGGAGUCACAACUUAUCUCUGGUCCUGGAGAGACAUAGGCUUGUGCAGGCUUUAGCUCCAGCCUUGCAGUAACAACACCUGAUUCAAGUAAUUAAAGUGUUAUGAACAGUUGUUUUUAGGAUAUCAGGUUUAUUAUUGCUGGGCUGGAACAAAAGCCUCCAUGGUCCUGUAGCUCUCCCGGACUGGGAGUGAAAACACUGGUGUAGAGUAAGGUGGGAGUGGGAGGUUAAUAUUAGUUACUAACCACAGCAGAGAUUGAGGGGGUAGAGGAGGGAGGUGCCAGGGGGUUGUUAGGGACUGAGGCGUGAAGAGGACUGUGCAUGUGCAUGAAUACCACAAUACAUUUUCUUUCUGCCAGUUCAGUUUGUUCAAAGCUUGUUCCACUGGGAAAGUGAAUGUAUGGAUAUGUCAAAAGGGAGAGAAAGAAAGAGAGGGAGAUAGACAGAGGAAAGAGAGAGAGAGAGAGAGCCUUGACGGAAAGAGAGAGAGAGAGAGAGAGAGAGAGAGAGAGAGAGAGAGAGAGUGAAGGCCUUGACGGAAAGAAAGCGAGAAAACAAGUGAAUGAUGACGGAAGGCUCUUACAUUGACCUUCAGGAAGGAGGAGAAGAGACGAGGUGUAGAGAAUUGGAGGAGAGGAAGAGUGGCGGUGAGGGUUCUUUGGCUAAUCGGGAUGAAAAGCGCCAGAACAGAGAAGGGAGAGAGGGAUGAGUGGAAUACACCAAGCUCAAGGCAAGAGUGGAUGUUUACAGGAAAAACUAAGGGAGCAGCUUUCCACCCAUUCAUUACAUUGACUUCUGACUUUCACCUCUCUAUGGAAUGUCCUCUAUUCAAGAAGACUCUUCCAGCCAUUUUAUUUUCACAUAUUUUUUAUUUGUAUUUUUUUAAGUUGUGGAUGUAUAGUAUUUUUGGUGUACAGUACAGUGACAGUUGAGAGACUUGUGUGGUAUUGUGUAUAUUACACGAGUCACUAGCGACCGACCACUGCAUAUUGUUAGUCUGUAACAGGAACAAUAUCUAUCAAUGAUCACUGUCUCCCUUUCCCACACCACAUCUAUUUGAACAGCCAGUGGUUGACUAGCAGUAUUGUCUGUUCUCUGAUCACGAAAAAUGUCUGUCCAAAGCAGUUCAAGACCGACUACAACACCGAUGACAUCAUUCCACACUCCUUCUUGACAGAUUGCUUUUUCACUGCCUAAAAAAUUAGAUGUAGAUAUUUGAAAUAUACAUUUCUUGUUUCUCCGUUUCCACACUCUGAUAUUUUAUUUUGAAGAUACAGUAUUUAAAAGUUCUGAAUUAAAAUGGUUUUGCCAUCCACAGUUACAUGAUACAGUCUGUCCCGUGUACAAGAACCAACCUUCUGCUUUCUAAGACGUUGUACAUACCACCACUGUACAUUAGAGAGAGAAGUGACAUUGUGCCAAACUUUGCCCUCUCUGGUUCCAGCCCUAGACUGGAGGAUGUAUGCGACUCUCAGUUGACGUUUACAGACCAUGACCAGUCAUUCUCUCUCUUGUUGUAUCUGCUUUGGUUUUGAUGGGAGUAAGUUAUACACUACCUACAGAGGGGUAUCACUAUAGAAAGGGGUACGUACGUCUCCUUCUUAAAUGAACAGACCUGCCUAUGUUAGUUGAGCGUGUAUGUGUGUGCGUGUGUGUAUGUGUGCGCAUGUGCGCGUUUGGGUGUGUGUCUUGAUCACUGUCUGAAAGAAGAGGCAUCCCUCCAGAUAAGAGUCAGAUUUUACAAAACACAACCCAAAGCAAAAUUCACUUGACUGACAUGUCUAUAGAGAAUGAAUGACAAAUCUAUAUAUCCUGCCUUCAGAAAGUAUUCACACCCCUUGACUUAUUCCACAUUUUGUUGUUACAGCCUGAGUUCAAAAUGGAUUAAAUAUGUUUUUCUUCUCACUCAUCUACACACAAUACCCCAUAAUGUUUGCAAAUGUGUUGAAAAUGAAAUACAGAAAUAUCUCACAACUUUGGCAGCGAUUGGGAGUCUUUCUGGGUAAUUCUAAGAGCUUUACACACCUGGAUUGUGUAACAUUAUACCCAUUCUUUUUUUAUUCUUCAAGCCCUGUGUUUUCAAGUCUGCCAUAGAUCAUUUAUUUGUAUUUAUUUUUUCCACCCUGUUUCUCCCCAAUUACAAUCUUGUUUCAUCGCUGCAACUCCCCAAUGGGCUCUGAAAAGGGGAAGGUUGAGUCAUGUGUCCUCCGUAACAUGACCCGCCAAACUGCGCUCCUUAACACCCGCCCGCUUAACCCGGAAGCCAGCUGCACCAAUGUGUCAGAGGAAACACUGUUCAACUGACGACGGAGGUCAGCUGGCAGGCGCCCGGCCUGCCACAAGGCGUCGCUAGAGCGUGAUGAACCAAGUAAAUGAACCAAUGGAGCAUGGUACUCAGUAAUGUAUUGUAUUGAAUUUGCCCCAAACAUAACACCUUGUAUUCAGGACAAACGGUUAAUUGCUUUGCCAUAUUUUUUAGCAGUAUUACUUUAGUGCCUUGUUGCAAACAGGAUGCAUGUUUUGGAAUAUUUUUAUUGUAAACAGGCUGCCUUCUUUUCACUCUGUCAUUUAGGUUAGUAUUGUGGAGUAACUACAAUGUUGUUGAUCCAUCCUCAGUUUUCUCCUAUCACAGCCAUUAAACCCUCGACUGUUUUAACUUCACGAUUGGCCUCAUGGUGAAAUCCCUGAGCGGUUUCCUUCCUCUCCGGCAGCUGAGUUAGGAAGGAUUUCCUUUGUAAUGACUGGGUGUAUUGAUACACCAUCCAAAGUGUAAUUAAUAACUUCAUCAUGCUCAAAGGGAUAUUCAAUGUGUUUUUUUAAAACCCAUAUUUAACCCUUCUUUGCGAGGCAUUGGAAAACGUCCCUGGUCUUUGUGGUUGAAUAUGUGUUUGAAAUUCACUGCUCGACUGAGGGACCUUAUAGAUAAUUGUGUGUGUGGUACAGAAAUUAGGUAGUCAUUCAAAAACAAUUUUAAACACUAUUAUUGCAUACAGAGGGAGUCCAUGCAACUUAUUGUGACUUGUUAAGUACAGUUUUACUUUUGAACUUAUUUAGGCUUGCCAUAACAAAGAGGUUGAAUACAGUGGAGGCUGCUGAAUGGAGGACGGCUCAUAAUAAUGGCUGGAACGGCACUAUUGGAAUGACAUCAAACACAUAGAAACCAUGUGUUUGAUACCAUUCCACUUAUACCACAACAGCUAUUACCACAAGCCCAUCCUCUCCAAUUAAGCUGCCACCAACCUCCUGUGGUUGAAUACUUAUUACUCAAGACAUUUAAGCUUUCAUGUUUUAUUCAUUUGUAAAGAAAAUAAUAAUGGAAAAACAUCAUUCCACAUUAUGGGGUAGUGUGUGUAGGCCAGUGACACAAAAACAACAAUUUAAUCAUUUUAAAUUCAGGCUGUAGCACAACAAAAUGUGGAAAAAGUCAAGGGGUGUGAAUACUUUCUGAAGGCACUGCAUAUAUAUAUAUAUACAAUGGUAUCAAACACAUGGUUUAUGUGUGUUUGAUGUCAUUCCAUAUACAUAUAUAUAUAUAUAUACUUUUUAUGUGCAGGUGUUGGUGUCACUAAAAGCAACAAUGUUUUAUGGAGAAAAAAAACCUGUACAAUAUGACUCUGUUCACGUGACUGUACUGAUGAUGACGAUGAUGAUGAAGUUUGAACCCCCUGUUGAGAAGACAGCUCGGUUCCAAUAUUCACACUAGCAUACUAGUUAUUUGGCUAUACAUUCUAAGCAGUACGCUAGAGUAGAUAUUGGAACGUAGCAGAACCAACAGAACCUAGCUGAUAAUGUUGACACUAUGGUGCGCGUUGUGAUGUCGUGUGUCCUGGCUUAUUAGAAGACCUUACUGAGUGUGGAUGCUACCUUUAACACCAGGUAAAUAAAAGACUCUUUGCAAUCUA